AUGAGACGCUGCCCGUGCCGGGGGAGUCUGAACGAGGCCGAGGCCCGGGCGCUGCCGGGGGCGGCCCGCAUGGGGCUGGAGGCGCCGCGAGGGGGGCGGCGGCGGCAGCCCGGGCAGCAGCGACCGGGGCCCGGCGCCGGGGGUCCGGCGGGGCGGCCGGAGUGGGGCGGGCCCCGGGCCGGGACCAAGGGGUCCUGCCUCCACUCGGAACGCGAGAAGGCCGGGCCCGGACCUGGGACAGACAGACGGGCUGAGCCUGAAGCAGCUGGCCUCGGAGCGGAGACGGAGCGGCCCAGCCAAAAGACGGAGCCCGACAAGUCCAGCCUCCGGACACAUCGAGAAAGGAGCAGCCCCUGGUCUGAGCUGGAGACACCCGGUCCCUGGACGGAUGGAUUUUGUGCUGAUCCACGCAGGUCCAACUUCCAGUCUCAGCCAGAGAGGGCCAGACUCUGGACACAGCCAGGCGUUGAUGGGCCCCGGACAGAGUUAGAAAUUCAUGGGUCACAGACCCAGCCAGAGAGGUCCAAGCCCCGGGCUGAUCACGUCUGGACCCACGAGAAGAGGUCCAGCCUUCAGACUCAGCCAGAGGGGGCCUGGAGGGAACUAUACGUUGACGGCUCCAGGACACAACAGGGUACUGAAGGUCCCUGGACAGAGCCUCACACUGAUGGGCCCCAGAUACAACAGGAUACUGAAACAGCCUGGAAGCAGGUUGGCGCUGAUGGUUUCCCAACACAACAAGCUACUUAUGGCUCCUGGACACAGCCUGGCACUGAUGGUGCGCAGACACAAGAGACUCCUGGACCCCGGACAGAGCCUGGGACAGACUGCCUUUUGGGAGAGCCCAACCAAGAUGGCCCAUUAGCGGAAUCAGAACCUGGGGAGUUGGCGACUCACCUGUACUCUCACCUGGGGUAUAACUCCCUGACCCCUGUGCCCCGCCUCAUCAUCACUCCUGAAACUCCUGAGCCUGAGGCUCAGCCAUUGGGACUCCCCUCCAGGGUUGAGGUGGGCAGUGGCGGCUUCUCCUCUGCCUCCUCUUUCGACGAGUCUGAGGAUGACGUGGUGGCCGGGGGUGGAGGUUCCAGCGACCCUGAGGACAGGUCUGGGAACAAACCCUGGAAGAAGCUGAAGACAGUUCUGAAGUAUUCGCCCUUCGUGGUCUCCUUCCGAAAACACUACCCUUGGGUCCAGCUGUCCGGACACGCUGGGAACUUCCAGGCAGGAGAGGAUGGUCGGAUUCUAAAGCGCUUCUGUCAGUGUGAGCAGCGCAGCCUGGAGCAGCUGAUGAACGACCCCCUGAGGCCUUACGUGCCAACCUACUAUGGCGUGGUGCAGAAGGAUGGCCAGGCCUUCAACCAGAUGGAAGAUCUCCUGGCGGACUUCGAGGGUCCCUCCAUCAUGGACUGCAAGAUGGGCAGCAGGACCUACCUGGAGGAGGAGCUGGUGAAGGCCCGAGAACGGCCCCGGCCCCGGAAGGACAUGUACGAGAAGAUGGUGGCUGUGGACCCCGGGGCCCCUACCCCCGAGGAGCACGCCCAGGGUGCCGUCACGAAGCCCCGCUACAUGCAGUGGAGGGAGACCGUGAGCUCGACCUCCACCCUGGGCUUCCGCAUUGAGGGCAUCAAGAAAGCUGAUGGGACCUGCAACACCAACUUCAAGAAGACACAGGAGCUGGAGCAGGUGACAAAGGUGUUGGAGGACUUCGUGGAUGGGAACCAUGGAAUCUUGAGAGAGUACGUGGCACGCCUAGAAAAACUUCGUGAAGCUCUGGAGAACUCCCCCUUCUUCAGGACCCAUGAGGUGGUGGGCAGCUCCCUUCUCUUUGUGCAUGAUUACUCUGGCCUCGCCAAGGUUUGGAUGAUUGACUUCGGCAAGACAGUGGCUCUGCCUGACCACCAGACACUCAGCCACCGGCUGCCCUGGGCUGAGGGUAAUCGUGAGGACGGCUACCUCUGGGGCCUGGACAACAUGAUUCGCCUUCUUCAGGGGCUGACCCAGAGCUGACCCACCUGCCUGCUGACAGAAUUAUUCACUGGAUGGUACUCACUGGCUGGAGAAGCCUUGAGGGGUGCGGGGGCCUGAGGUUGGCCGUGGAGGCACUGAUCUCCAGGACAGGAGAGGUGCACCCAAGCCCAGUGUGGAAGAUCUGAAGGCCCUUGGAGACCUGGUAGUGUCCAGCUCUUUAAUGAUCCAGGGGUUGUAAGGCCUGGAGAAGGGACAUGACAUGGCUGGGUCCCACUGUAGGUCAGAACCAGUCUGGGACCUCUGACCAGCCAAGAAGAUUCCUUAGGGGCUGCUGGAGGCCACAACUAAACCAUACACCCUGAAAGAACACUGUUCAGAUACUGUAGGCUACAGGCCUGACAUACCAGUCACCAUAGGAAUGACUAGAAUCACUGCCUCCUUGUCAGCCCCCUUAGACUACAAGCUGGUCCUGAGGCCAGGGACCAGUCAGCUUCAUCUGUGGUACCCCAAGGACUGGACUUCACGUGCGAACAAAUGCAGGAGCCAGCCUGGGAGCGUUAUGGCGCCAUCUCUUCAUCUGGGGGCCCUUCAGGUGCUGACAGAGGCUCUGAGGAGGGUGUGACACCAUGGGACUGGCCUGAGCACUGAGGCUGCUGAGCGGAGCCCAGUUCCCCGUCCUGUUCCCUCAUAAGCCCUGGAGAUCCUCCCUGCUCCUGGGAGAACUCUGCUGACCUCCUGCAGACCAAAACCACAGCCACAUCCAGUUCUAGCACUGUGACCAGCACAACCUCAUUCCUCAGGCACCACCUCAGCCUCGGGACUUCCUCCUUCCUCCCCGUAGUUUAGGCCCCGUUCCUCCUAGCUGACUGAGGUGGCAAGAAGGGCUUUCAGGGCAGGGAAGCCGGCUUGGGAAUCAGAGCUGCCUUCCUUUGGUGGCCCCCAUCCUACCCUUGGCCCCUGCCAUGAGUAGUGCCACAUUUGAGUCAGACUCGGGGGGUGGGGCUGUUGGCUGUGACCUCUGGCUCAUAGCCUUGUCCAAACCAAAGACCCCAGCCCCGAGGUGAGCGGUGCCCCUCUUCCCUCUCCUACUUGUAACUGGCUUCCUGGCCCACAGAGCUGGGCUGGGGAGGACAAGCACCUCCCUCUUUCUGAGUCAAAGCUCUAAGGUUGUCUUCCAGGGCUCAGGAGGCAUGUUCCUUUUCUACUGACCUUUAUACUUAUUUAUACAAGAGACAGGUAGUUGUUAGAUGGGGCAGUGCUGGGGAACUGGGGGCAACACUGCCUCAUUGCCUUCCCCCGUGACAACCCCCCAAUA